GUGUUGAGCACUUUACCACUAAGUUUUAUGUAGCAUUUUCUCAAUGUUAACUUAGGAAGGAAGGUAAAACCUUUUGGUUUGGGGUAUAAAUAAAGUGUUUGGUUUCAUGACUUAAUUACUUCUUCAGCUUCAGCAAGAUGACGAAUAACAGCAUGAGCAUACAUCUUCCUUCGGAAGUGGUAACGGAGAUCCUGCUGAGGUUGCCGGUAAAGUCUCUAUUACGAUACAAGUGCGUCUGUAAGUCAUGGCUUUCUCUCAUCUCUGAUCCUCAUUUUGCAACUUCACAUUUUCAACUUGCCGCCUCACCCACACAUAGACUUGUCUCUAUAGGAAAUCUCACCCUAUCAGUUGAUAUCAAUGCAUCGCUUAACGAUGAUUCAUCAUAUGCUUCACUAAGUCUUGAUUUUCUAUAUGGCUCUAAAGUCGGAGGUUCGUGCAGAGGGUUUCUGUUUUUGCAUAAGUACAUGGACUUCUAUCUAUGGAAUCCAUCCACUGGUGCCCACAAACAGAUACCCGCCUCUCCAGAAACCAUUGCCUGGCCUCAGAGUAAUUCCAUGCUAAUGUAUGGCUUUGGAUACGAGCCGUCUAGGGAUGAUUACUUCGUUGUAUUGUGGUCCACUGAGUACCCUGAUUCUGAUUCUGAACCAGUAUCCACUUUCAUUGUAUUGGAGGUUUUCUCAUUGAGAGCUAAUAAAUGGAAAAAAAUUGGGGGUGAUUCUUUUCUUCCUUAUAUUUCAAGCGGAGAUGAUUACGAAUCCGAGGCGUUGCUCUUAAAUGGGACUCUUCAUGGGCCGGUUUAUGAUGAAUUGAACUCCAAGGAUGUUAUUAGUGCCUUUGAUUUAAAGGAAAUGACAAUCUCAGAGAUAGCUCUGCCUGAUGAUUUUUCUCGUUUUGAACGUCCUAGAGAAUAUGAUUUGUUGAUAUUUCAUGGGCUUCUCGGUGCAUGGAUUCUCGAUGACCAGAUGGAUAGAAUUGAGAUAUGGGUGAUGCAAGAAUACGCAGUCCAAUCAUCUUGGACUAAGACUCUUGUUUUUUCUUUGCAUUCUUCUCCAUACUUUUCGCCGCUAUGUUUUACAAAUUGUGGCCAUAUAGUUGGAAUAGAUAGUCGUGGUAGUGAAUUGGUGAAGUUUAAUGAUAAAGGACAGCUGAUAGAGCAGCAGUCUCUAAGUAACCGUUUCUUUAGAAGAUCCGAAAUGGCUGUCUAUUCAGAGUCUCUGCUUUCACUCCCUAAUGGCACUGAGCAAGCUUAAGAAGAUGACUAGCAAUAGCAAACAAGAAAAAUGUGGUUAUAGUGUAAACAGAUCUUGCAUUAUGAGCUCUUGGUAUCAUCAAACAUGAAAAAUGAUAGGCCGAAAAGUGAAACUGGAAGAUAGCCUUAAGAGUAGAGUUGCUACACAAACUUAAACAUCUUUUUCUUAUUUCAUCAUUAGUUUUUAUCUUUUUGCAAAUCCUUCUCAGCAGUUCAAAUACCAAAGCUUGUUUACUCAUUUCCAGUAGGUUGUUUAAUCCCUUUCACUCAAUGCUUUGUUGAUUUGAGCAGCUCGAAAGGUCGAUUUUAAUUUGUUUUGAAUGCUUAUGUUUAAUUUUUUUGGUUUGAUUUUGCUUGAAUGGAUAAAAUUUUCUUUAUGCUUGUUUUAUUG